AUGGUAUCCGAGUCGCUGUCGUCGUCCUCGGCGUCCACAAUCCCAUCGGUGCUCGAGAUCAGCGACCACGAGGAGAAGCAGAGCACGGGUAACGACAACGCUUCUGUAAACUACGCGGAUGAGCAGUUUGAGUCGGACAGUGAUCACGUUGACGACUCGGCUGAUCCCGUCCUUGUCAAGUCAAGCAGCAGCAGCAGCGGCGACAAAUACGCCUCAGACGAGUUUGAAGACGACCAUGAAGCCAAUGACCCUCCUGCAUUCGCUGAGACCCUCGAGGCAGAAGGCGGUGAAAACCACAUCAGCACGGAGGAGGAAGAUUAUGCUGGCGAAUCCUUCGAGCUGGAAGUGUCAGGUGACGAUGAGCAAGAUCAAGUAUCGACUCCUGUCACACAAGAAGUCACUCAAGACACUGGCGAGCAGCAGCAACGGCAGCAGAAGUCUAAGCUAGGCUUAAUCGAGGGAGACAACGUCAAGAGUGUAAAGCUGAAGUUACAAACGUAG